GGUCGGAUGAGGAAAUUUACGGUAAAUCCAGAGCAACAUUUAGCUCAAUAGAUGUCAGGAAUAGAUGCUAACACUACAGUAAAUCACACUGUAACCUUAUACACAAGAGGACGCGUUUGCUCAAAGUCAACGUUCUGCCCGUGGAGUUAAAUUGUGUUUCUCUCCGGAAUGAAGGCGUUAACUUUGCAGCAGGCAAAUGUGGCCCAAGGAGAGCAGCAGCAGGUCACAUGUGGGAGAAGUUUGUCUUCCAACUAUGCUCCUCCAAGACUGGAGAAUAAGUUCUUGGCUCAAACCUCCACACUGAUGCCCAAGCCCUGCUCUCAGCUCCUAAACUUUGCAGCACAACCUUCCUCCUGCCCCUCUCUCCAGCCCUCCAGCCUGUCAUCCACCUCAUGCUCCCUUCUCUCUUCCGCUUCCCUCUCACCUUCCCUCACCUCUCCUCUCCUCAGCACAGAGAACAAGCUCCUAAGUGGCCAUUUACCCGGUCUCUCUUUUUCCCUCACCUCCUCAACCUCUAUCCCUAAUGACUCUCUGCUCUCCACAUCCCUGGCCAGCAGUGCUCUGCUCAAUCGCUUUGCUCAUCCUCCUUCAUCCCUCCAUCCUGCUCUUAGUGGAGAACAGCAGAGGGACCAUGGAGGAGAUGAAGGCAGAGAGGAAACAUCUGAAGUGAUGCAGUCCUGUUCUGAAGAAGCAAGUGUGCAGUACUCUGAGGAAGAUGUUUUGCAUGAAGAGGAAGAGCUGGAUGCUGAGACAACCAUGGAAUUACCUGUCCUGGAAACAGAGUUGUGCAACCAAGAACUUGAAGAAACUAUGGUCAUCACACAAGAUGAGUUUGCUGAGAUUGAUGGAGGAAAUGCAGAUAUUGAAGAAGAGCUGAAAGAUAAAAAGUAUCUUUUGCUGAACGUGGUGUGUUGCUCCCUGGUCAAUAAGAGCACACCUCCAGGCCAGAAGGACUGGGACUCAGAGGAAAGUGUUUGGACCAAGAUCAUAAGCCUGGCAAAGGACAUUUCUGUCUCUGAUCCACAGUUUCUUCUCAAGGUCGCAGUUUACACUCGACAGGAGUUGAACAUUCGCAUCACAGCAAACUUCUUAUUGGCUCUGGCUGCCAAUCUGUCCUCCACCAAGCCACAUGUCCGCAGAUACUUCUGUGCUGCUGUACAGCUGCCGUCAGAUUGGCUGGAAGUUGUCAGAAUCUACAGCACAUGCUUCAGCCACUCCCUGCCAAUGUGCCUGAAGAAGGCAAUGGCGGACAAGUUCAAGCAGUUCAACGAGUAUCAGCUGGCCAAAUACAACACACGCAAACACCGCUGUAAGCACAACCGCAACAGGCGCAAAGCCAAGAAACCGAAUGAUCAGCAGCUGAAAGAGUGGGCGAACCUUCUGAGAUCAGAUGCAACAAUUCUGAAGAAGUUUUUGCAGGUAGAGGACAGCAAAGUGGUGGUGGAUAAAAAACAGAGUGAGUUCAGUAUAAAGAAGAUGAUCAAGAGGCUUCAUAUUAAAGAACCGGCUGAACAUGUUAUGGCCAUUCUGGGGAAAAAGUAUCCUGCUGACAUGAAAGCGUUCACCAAGAGUGGAAUAAAGGGCACAUGGGACAGAGAGAAAGCCGGGAAGCGAAUGAAGCUCAAAGAGCCGGAGACGUGGGAACGUCUGCUCAGCCUGGAGGGCAACAAGGCUGCCACCUGGGAGAAGCUCAUAGACAAUAAGUCUCUUCCAUUCAUGGCCAUGCUGAGGAACCUGAGGAACAUGAUCACCAGAGGCAUCAGUGAGGCUCAUCACAAAAAGAUCCUCAGCAGACUCACCAAUAAGAAAGCAGUUAUUCAGAGCCGUCAGUUUCCCAUCAGAUUCCUUGCUGCCUAUAAAGUCAUCAUGGAGCUUAACACUGUGGCCUCAGCAUCAGAGCAAGCUCUCCCCCCUGUCAAAGAGAUCCUGAAGGACAUCCUGAGUAAGAUCCCAAAGAGCAGGCGCUUCAAACGUCUGGAAUGGGAGACAACGCCAAGGAGGAGAAUAAGGGUGACGCUUGGAGUGCCGUUUAUCUAUCGACUAUACCGAGCGAAGAAGGCCCAGCUCCUAAAGGCCAAUCAGAGGCAGUACACUGUUGCUCUGUUGGAGCGUUACCGCAAAGCUCUGGAGACGGCUGUUCAGCUCUCCUGUCGUUACAAUGUGCCCCCACUCCCUGGACGGACCAUUAUCUUCCUCAGCGCUAACAUGAGGAGUGAUCAUGACUGGUGUAAGAGACAGGACUUCUGCCUUCCACCAGAUACUGAGCAAAAGAACGAUGAGGAGGAAGAAGAAGACGAAGAGAGUACAAAAAGAAGGAAGAAGAAGAAGCAGGAGGAUCAGCUCACUCCUUCUAUCACGGAGAUGGCAGUUUUGCUCUCUCUGAUGAUUGGCAGCAGUGCGGAGGACUGUCAGCUCUGUUUAGUUGAUUGGAGAUACAGUGAAGAAGUCAAGCUGAAGUCUGAUGUUCUCUUGGAUAAUGUCAGGAGUGUGAUGAAGCAAAUAAAGGAAUAUUUGCAACAGGACGAUAGGGACAGCCAUUGCUUCCCCAGAAUGCUCACCAAAAAAAACAAGGUGGACAACAUCAUCGUGCUGACUGACCACUGGGUCAGUCAUGAAAUCGAUUGGGCCAUCAAAAACUACAGGACGGAUGUGAACAACAAAGCGCUUGUGGUGCAAAUCUUCCUGUCAGACCGAGAGUCAGCGUUCAUCAAUGACAGGAACUGUGUGAAUCUGUCAGGCUUCAGUGAACAGAUGCUGAGGUUUGUGGCAGAACGAGGAUCAUCCAGGCUGCUGGACCAUGUGGAGCAUUUAGACAAACUGUACAAUGUGCCGCCACUCCCUAAAGACCCUCAGACCACAAACAAUGUCGUCCCUAUACCAGCCAGCCCCAAGUUAAGGUGGCAAGGUGUUCGCGUGUUCAUCUCCUCCACCUUCAGAGACAUGCACGCUGAGCGUGACAUCUUGGUGCGAAGCGUGUUCCCGGAGCUUCGCCGUCGUGCUGCAACACACUGCCUCUACCUGCAGGAGGUGGAGCUGCGUUGGGGUGUGACUGAGGAGGAGUCGGGGCGGGCCACUGAGCUUUGCCUGUCAGAGGUGUGUCGCAGCCAGAUGAUGGUAGCGAUCCUGGGGGAGAGGUACGGCCUUGUGCCUCCCAAACCUGUCCUCCCUGACCUGCCACAGCACAGCUGGCUGGCAUCAGCCCCAGAAGGCCUGUCCAUAACAGAGAUGGAAAUCCGUCAGUUCCAGGCUCUUUACCCAGAGACAGUGCGACAGCGAAUGUUCUGCUACUUCAGAGAUCCAAACAUCACCAAAUCAGUUCCAGUGGCUUGGAGAUCUGACUUUGCUCCUGAAUCAAAGGAGGCUGAGUCUAAAAUGGCCUCUCUGAAGAGAUGGAUCCAGGCCAGUGAAGUCAAGGUCACUGAAAAUUACUCAUGUGAGUGGGGCAGCGUUGUGGAUGGGAAACCAUAUCUAAAAAACCUUGAGGGUUUUGGAAGGAUGGUGCUGGAAGACCUGUGGAUGGCUGUAGUAAAGCAGUUUGUGAAAGAGGAUGAAGAAGCCGAUGCUAUUUCCGAUGUGAUGGAGCAGGAGGUGCACCAGGAAGCGCUGCAGAGGCAGUUCUUUGGCAGGGCGAAGCUGCUGUCCGCAGCUGUCGAGAUGGUGGAACAGGCCCAGAACAAAGGGGGGGUGAUGGUGGUGGAAGGAGGACCUGGAGAAGGCAAAACUGUCUUCAUGGCCGCUCUUGCAGACACCCUCAGGACUGGAGUUAAAUCCAGGAAAAACCUCGCCUGUGAUGUCAUCUCAUACUCUACAGCUGCCAGCCAAUCAGCGCACUCUUUGGAAAACCUAGUCCGAUGCCUCAUUCAGUGGUUGAGGAAGCUGAAAGAUACCGAGGAGGAAUCACCUCUUCCCCAUUCUUACAAAGAUUUGCUGUCAGAGUUUCACUCCAGUUUGAGUAACAUGAAGAAGGAUAAACCUCUGGUGCUGCUAGUCGAUGGGGUGGAUCUUGUCCAGGAUGGGAGAGGACAGCUUAGCUCUGAUUGGAUACCACAGCAGCUGCCACACGGUGUUUGUUUGGUAGUGAGCAUGACAACCAAAGCAGCAUUGUUGCAAACCCUGGCCAAGAAGAAAAGCACUGUCCUGUUUGCCCUGGGACAGCUUACCAUGCUGGACAGGAAAGAGAUAGUUCAAAAGGGACUGGACACCUUCGGGAAGAAACUCAGUGACUCUGCAUUCAAUAAUCAGCUCCAGACACUAAUUAUGAAGAAGGGAGCAGCAAGUCCUCUCUACCUGCACCUGGCCUGUGAAGACUUAAGGAACUUUGCCUCCUUUGAUAAGUUGAAGGAGAGCCUCCAGGGCUUGCCUCAGUCUCUGAGCCAGUUGGUUCAGUACAGCCUGGACCGACUCUGUUCGCAAUACAGAGUUAUGCCAGGACUCCGCUGGGCGCUGGCAACUCUCACUGUCAGCACCACUGGCCUGAGGGAGAGAGACUUGUACUCUGUGCUGAACACAUGCAAUGACUUAUCCUCACACGACGGACAAAUCACAUGGCAAAAAAUGCUGCAUCUGUCCAGGAAGCCCAAAGGACGCAUUCCAAUGGCCACUUUCACUCGUAUUUUACAGAGUUUACAAAGUCUGGUUGAUCCAUCUCAUUGCCAUGGCACUGAUGACCUGCUGGCUCUUACCAAUCCGGAGGUGAGGAGGGCCUUUGAGGACUUUUUCCUCCAAACAGACAAUGACAAAACCAGAGCUCACCUUGUCCUGGCAGCACAUCUGUGGACACUGGCCAACCCACAUGGCACAGAUACCUUCAUUCACUGUGAGGCCAACUCUGUCAUGCACCUGCCCUCCAACCUGAUACAAAGUGGCCAGCUGGAGGUGCUUCAAUCCCUGCUCUCUAGCUACUACUUCCUGUAUGCUAACGUGCGCCACGGCCUCCUGCACCACCUCCUGGAGACCUACAUCUUGUAUGAUAACAAGCAGAAGUCUGCACCCUCAUCUGGCUUCCAGGGUCAACUAGAAGACUGCCGGACUUUCCUGCGGCGUCAUAGCCCUCUGCUGUCCUCCUGGCCGGCUCUUUUCAUUCAGCAAGCCCUCAAUGAGCCUUCUGAGACCUCUGCUCACGCCUGGGCACAAGGCAUGGUGGGAAAAGGAGGAGCCCACAUAAUUGAGUGGCUGAACAAUGACAAUCAGAUUAUUCAGGAGUCCAGUGAGCUUGUGUCGACUUUCCCUUCUGAACCAUCCUGUUUGGUUGUGAGCUCGGAUGAAGAGCUGAUGGUGGUUGGUACUGGACAAGGAAUGCUGCAUUUCAUCAACACACUGACUGGACAGGAAGUGAAAUCACUGGUGAGCAGUUGUGACGGCAUCUCAAGCUGUGUCUUUCUCAAGGAUGGACGUCUUGCUACGACCUCCUUUGAUGGACGAAUAGAGAUCUGGGACAUCGGGAGUGGCUGCAGGACUGCUCUUAUUGAGGGCCACACUAAUGCGAUCACAGCAAGUGAUAUCACCGCAGACAGGAAGCACCUUGCAACGGUGUCUCUGGACUUCAUGCUGAAAGUGUGGUCCUCUACCAAAGGUAAUGAGGUAGCGGCCCUGCCCAGCUCCAGCCCUUUGAACUGUGUGACCUUUGACCCUGAGGGUCACUUGCUGGCUGCUGGUUGCUGGAAUGGGAACGUGACUGUGUGGAACUGGCUCCAGAAUAAAACACUAGCAACCCUGUCUGGUCACCAGCGUUCAGUGCGUAGUCUUUCCUUCUCUCCCUCCUCCUCCAUGCUCUGCUCCGGCUCUGUGUCUGGAGAGGUAAGGGUGUGGUCGGUGCCCACCUCCACCUGUGUGGGAUGUUUCCAGGCUCACUGCGGAGCCACAGAGGCCCUCACUUUCCUGGAUGAGGGGAGCAAACUGCUGAGCGCCGGCUCUGAUCACAUGCUCCAGCUCUGGUCAGGUGGACUUGGACGUUCGGUCACUGCUUUAAAAAGUGAUGAAUGCGAGCAGGAGCCUCCUCGGAAGAAACGAAAGUCUGUAACAUCUGAUCCUGCUGCUCUGUGUGUGGCUGUUAAUGGAGACUAUGUUGCUGUGGGAUACCAUGGUGACGGCUUCAAACUCUUCAGUCUUGACUCAGGUGAGAGGAUCUGGGAACCCGAGUUACUCACAGUGUCCGUACAGUGUCUGCUAUGGGUCGUUUCGGAGGCAGAGGAGCUGCUGUUGUCUUCAGGAAGUGACAAACUUGUGAGAGUGUGGAAGAGAAAAGAAGAGGAGAAGGGACUCCUGGGAGGCCUGGAAAUGAGCGGACUGUUUGGUGGGCAGCAAGGCGCCAUCCAGGCAUUGGCACAAAACUCCACAUACCUGGCUACAGCUUCAGAUAACUUCACCAUUGCUCUGUGGUUAUUGAGCAAUCUGGCCGUCGAUCCCUGUGCUGAGCCUCAUGAUCUCCUAAGGGGCCACAGCGGAGGAGUCACAUGUAUAGCUUUUAGCCCUGAUGGUGAACAGCUGCUGUCUGGAGGAAAAGAUCAGGCCCUGAUGGUGUGGGAUGUGAGUUCAUCUCCUGCUGUUCUCGCUAAGUCGCUCCCUCACUCUCACAAAGACUGGAUCACCGGCUGUGUUUGGACUCAAGACUGUGUGAUCAGCUCUUCAAACGACGGGAGGCUUUGUUUAUGGGAUCUGCAGGCAGGCCAGCGUCUCAGAGAAAUCUCCUGGAGAAAUCCUCUUACAUCUGUCUGCUGUCUGGGGCAGUAUGUGAUCGCUGGCUGUGCAGGGGGAGCGCUACAUGUUUGGAACUGGGAAACAAACAUAGAAAUCUGCCACAUUGCUGCACACAAGCAACGUAUACACCACUGCAGUCUCCUCCCAAAUACAGACAAGAACAAAGAAGACAACCCAGAAGAAAUGACUGUUUUCACUGCGUCUGAUGACGGCAGAGUGCAGCUCUGGAAACCACUACAGGUGGAGCACUUGGCCACCUUCCAGGGUCACAGCGGUGCAAUAUGUGGAGUUGUUUGCAAAGAAGGACUGCAAGAAUUUCUCACUGUUUCCGAAGACUGUUCAUUGCGAUGCUGGAUGUGGGCAACAGAAAGUGCUCCCAGUCUGAAAGGCCCAGUCACAGCUCUGUGCUUCACCCAGAGAGGUGAUCUGCUUCUUGCUGGUUACGAGUCUGGUUUGGUGGAGCUAUGGCAGAACCACACUGUAGUUGGCCACAAGCAGGCUUCAGACAGCACCGUCACAGCGAUCUGCUCCAUGCCAGAUGAUCAGUUUGCUGUCAGCUACACUAAGCUCGCUGUUGAUGUGUGGAAGGUGGUGUGGAACCAACAACACAGCACUGCAAGCCUGGUGAAGGUAACUACCUACAAAGUGGAAGAAUCAGUGGUCCGCCUCAACUACUGCUCUGUCCUGAUGGGUGUGUCAGUUAAAGGACUGAUAUUUGACAUCACAGCAGAUGAAGAAAACAAGUGGCGCCACCAAAUCUCCAACUGGCACGAAUGUGUCCGAAUUUUGGGGAUGAUCCGCAACGACGAGAAAAGCAUGUGGCUGGUGGGCGAAGCAGACAGAAAAGUCAGAAUUGGCUUUGUUUUUGCCCUGGGCCCCAAAAAUAGUUUCAAUUCAGCUUUCAGCUCAAUGGAUUUAGAGACUGACGAAGAGGAAGAGAAGAAAGGGAGCCUGAUAACAGCUGGAACUCUGGACAAAGAAUUUGUCGUGUGUGGAGAUAUGAAAGGCAACAUGUGGUUCAACCAGCCUUCAGAGUAUUCCCCAUGGAGCAGCAGAAAACCUGUUCAUACUGACAGAAUCAGUGUGCUGAAAGUCACUGACAGCACCAUCAUCUCAGCCUCCUACGACAGGACGGUGAAGCUGUGGGACAGAAACACCAAGAAACAGGUGGGAAUGUUUGUGUGUGGAGGUCCUGUUCUGCAUUUGGAGGUGAACCCUGAAAACCCCACUGAGCUGGUUUGUGGUGACGGACAGGGAAAGCUCUAUUUUCUCUCCUGGAAAGAAUAAUUAUCAAGAUAUUACACACUAAAUUCAGCAUUUAGGAAAAAUGCUUAAACCCUACACUAGCCAAAGAUUACCGGGAAUAUUUUGCUUCCUCUUUGCUUCGUUGAUGGUGAAUAUGCACUACAUCAAUAUAUUAUACUCAAAGACGGUGAAAUGUUUACACCCCAUACAGGGAUUAGCAUCUAUGUAAUAGUUGCAAAGAUAUGUUUGCGUGUGCCUUUAAUUUAGAUAGCAAAAGAACUUGCAAAUGUAACAAGCACUUCAAACAGCUUUAAAAAAAAUGUUAUAAGUUGUAGUUUUGUGCAAACUGAAUUAAUUAAAGUUAUCUUGUUUAAAAAAUUAUAAAGGAAUGAAAACAGUAAUGUGGGUAAAAUAAACAGAAAUGUUCUUUUCUUUGGCAAUAAAUUAUGUUCAAAUCUG